AAACUACAAAAAUGAAAUUAAAGGCCAGGCUAUUAAGCUUAUUUCCUUCCAAAUGUCAAAUAUUAGUAUUAGAAAUACUGCACAACCGUUGAAACUGGAAAGAAUUCCGCUGGAACAAUUGUAUAAACUCGAAGCUCUCCUAGAAAAGGAGGAACCAUUGCAACAACUGCGAACAAUUGGCAUCAAGGAUAAUGACCACCUGUAUUGGACCAUACCUUUAUACGCACUCAUCGCCGUAGCCGCCGGAAUACUGCUUUGGAGGAAACUAAAAACACGUCGGUCAACCACGAUCCCGAAUGUCCAGGACGUCGAGUUGGCCCCUGCUGGCCAGCCCUUCUUCACGGGAAGGUCUUCUCAGUGAUAAGGGGGGUGUUAUGUGUGUGCGCGUGCUGACUAAGUAGUGUAGCUUUUAAGCCAUCGACGCGACCGUCGCCAGUUCGUUCCCAACUUCGGACGCGCUCGGUACCGAUCAAUCGGUAAUCAUUGUCGGGACAAUUUGUAAUUUUAACUGAUUAAACAAGUAAACCUUGCGAUUAAGUUUUAUUAAAGAAGAAUUACCCAAGAACUAUUAGUUGUAACUGGUAGGCACUGGCACGAGGAAUGAAAGGCAUGGAUGAACUCACGAUAUAAUUUUAUUCCGUAUUAGGGAUACAGAGCUGAGUGACAAGUAUCGUGUCUAGCAGCGGACUGCCGCCGGCGCAUAGUAACAAGUUGAAGUUUACUUAGUAAUCAUACAAGAUUGAACCUUAAGUAUUAGACACUAAAAUCUAAAUUAACAUGACUGCGUUUCCUUAAGAAUAAAAACUUAACUAGUUACAUAUAUAUGUAUGUAUAGGUAAUUGUAGUGAGCGUGUACGAUCUAGCUAUCGUACAGCGUAGGUAUAGCAUAUACUGUAGCAAUGUCUUUACGCAAAUAUGCGCACUCGCGCGACCUAGAUUAUUUAUUCAACACGUGUAAUUGCAUUAAGUACAAAAAUCAGUGCAUUAAAGACUAUGGUUAACAACAAACGUAUGUGAGUUAUUUAUGGGUUCCUGGGAUUCUGACAGUACCGUCAACUGGCGCGUACAUGUUGGUCCUUCGAACUUAGUGAUGGUGUUCAGAGAAAGUUAGUGUGGUUACCGUUUCAACUCGGUUGGCCUCCCACAAGCGGGUCUCACCAACUUAGUUGAGAGGACGUGGUGUCGCACAAUGGAUUUCAAGAAUACCUACUAAGGAACCGUGACAAGCUAUUGAAUUUGACAUUUUGCAUUGGGCAUUUUAUUGCUAUUGACACUUGCAUUAUUGACAUUGACAUUUAUAGUACUAUUUAAGGUACUUUAUGACAUUGGGCAUUUUAUUGCUAUUGACACUUGCAUUAUUGACAUUGACAUUUAUAGUACUAUUUAAGGUACUUUAUGACAUUUUGACAUUUGACAAAUCAUACCUGCUUGAAGAGCCAUGGAUGAUUACGAUCGUAUAUUGCAACGUCAGAGGGAGAUCAUCGAUGCUAUUCAGCGAGUGGAAACGAACUUCAAGAAAGACUCUGACUUCAGGAAAACCGAAGAAUACUUACGGACGAGAAUUGGCGCCGUAGACACGUUAUGGGAAGAAUUUGAGAAGAAUAACUUGAAGCUUCGUGACGCACCUGACCAAACUGGGGAGUAUUUUGUGGAUAAUGUUUACCAGCAAAUGCAGGUUCGUACUGACAACAUUCGUACGAUGCUUUCAAAUUACCGUUUCGGGGAGCCAUCGACUCCUAUUAAAGCCACAGAUACUCAACAACAACAGCAAACUAGCAAACUUAACGAGCUUUUUAGUGAGCAGAAAACUAACUUCAGAGCUUUUCAAAGGAUUUUGAACUAUAUUGACAUUGACAAGAUAUCUGAGAAAUGGGAAAUGGAGGAUGAACUUCGUAACCUUCAGACUCGAUGGGACACUAUUGACACUUUGCAUCUGAAAAUUGACAACUUGCUCCAGGGAUCGGAUAAGGAUUACGAAGAAAGAUACAGAGGUGUAUGAAAAGAAGUAUCGACUGACAAAGAGGGCGCUAAACCAGAAAAUUUCUGCUGCAACUCAUUUACACAAGUCAACGCCGCAAAUGGAGAUACCUAACUUCUACGGUGACUACUCUCAAUGGCCUACAUUUAUAGAUUUGUAUAAGACUGCAAUCCAUGACAACCCUGUGCUAUCUAAAGCACAAAAAAAUGCAACAUUUAAAGGGGAAGCUGAAAGGCGAGGCACUACGGCUCAUUCAGCAUCUCAGUGUGACUGCUGACAACUAUCUCACUGCAUGGGACUUGCUGUAUCAUCGCUACAACAAUAAUCAGUUACUCUUCACCCGGCAGAUAGAGAUAUUUUUGAAUCAACCUACACUGCACAAGCAAACUUCUCAUGACAUUAAAAAGCUGCAUGACACUACUAUGGAAUGUGUACAUGCCAUACACAACCUUGGCAUAGACACAACUACUUGGGACCCACUUCUUGUUCACCUUCUGGCUAAAAAGUUGGACCCAUUGACACUAGCUGACUACAAGGAGUCUC